AUGUCCGAAGUCAUGACGGAAAGCAUAAGCCGCAUCUCGCUCGCGGGCGGGCGGCAGCAGGUCUACUGCCUCGUCAAGCACGAGGACCCGCAGCUGCAGCCGCUGGUGGUGGCGGCGUUCAAGGCGCGGCUGCCGGCGCACACGUACACCAUCAUCGGCUCCCUGGACGAGUAUCCGGGCGGCCCGCUGCUGCAGAUCGCGGCCAAGGACGCGCUCGACUUCGACAAGGCGUUCCACCAGCCGCGCAUGCUGAUCAACACGUACGUGACGCGCGACGCGCUGACGCGGAAGCACCUGCUGGGCCAGACGUACGCGGCGUGGACGGCCAAGCACCCGGGCUGCCUGCUGCAGACCAACGUCAAGACCAUCGCCAACCUCGAGAUCAACCCGGCCGAGUCCAUCUACGACGUGCUGGACAACACGCCGCUGGGCCGCAUCCUCGAGGCCAACGAGGACAAGCACGCCGCCGAGCGCGUGUGGUGGAUGCUGCGCCCCGACCUCAGCGACGGCUCGCAGGACCUGCGCCUGUUCAGCACCGUCGACGAGCUGCAGGCCGCCUUUGACGACCUCGACGCCCAGUACGAGCAGGAGCAGCAGCACGCCCAGGAGAAGAAGCAAGCCGACGACGCCCAACAAGCCGCCGCGGACCACGACUCCAAGGCGCUGGCGCUGGCCGCCGCCGCCGGCGACGGCGCCGACGACAAGGACGACUGCGACGCCCAGGCCCGCCAGUCGGGCGGGUGGAGCUCGUGGUUCCACAUCACCGUCACCACCGAGGAGCACACGGACGUCGUCGCGCCCAAGCGCCACGUCGUGGCCCAGCGCUACGUCUCGCGCCCCCUCACCUUCGACGGCUGCAAGUUCCAGGUCAGCGCGUACGUGCUGGCCGUCGGCGCGCUGCGCGUCUUCGUCUACCGCCCGCUGCUCGCCCUCUUCGCGGCCAAGCCCUUCAGCCCGCCGUGGGACAGCAGCGCCUCGGCCGACCUGGCCGCCCACUCGACCUACGACGGCAACGUGCGCCUGUUCUGGGACCUGCCCGACCGCCCCGCCGGCUGGAAGCAGUCCGUCUUCGCCCAGAUCUGCGCCAUCACCGGCGAGGUCUUCUCCGCCGCCUCCACCCGCGAGAUCAGCGCCCACUUCCAGCCCCUGCCCCAGGCGUUCGAGCUGUUCGCCGUCAACUUCGCCGUCGACGCCGCCGGCAAGGCCAUGCUGGCCGACAUCCGCGCCUCGCCCGACAUGCUGCACCAGACCGAGUGCGGCACCAAGCUGUCGGGCCUGGUCCAGGGCCUGUUCGAGGAGGUGGCCGACGUCGCCGUGCGACCCUUUUUCGACGGCGAGGCGGCGGCAGGGAGCGAGAGGCUGGUCAAGGUUGUCGAUCUGGAUACCAAGAAGAUAUGA